GAUAUUCAUUCUUUAUUCACUCAACUUAUUAGUUAUAUAUCAUAAAAUGCAAUUGAAAUUCCUUUCUCUCGGUCUUAUUGCCAGUAUUUUGGCUUCUGCCUCUGCUCGUUCUGUAUACACCGAAAACUCUGUCGGUGCCCAGAAUAUGGUCGCUGAGGCUUCGAACUCUCAUCUUGUUGCCCGUUGCAACAACGGCUGUUGUAGCUCUAGCUGUGGUGGUGGAAGCCCCCACAAAGGCGGCGAUGGUUUCUUCGACGACGACUUCCUUGAUGAAGGUGAGGGUAAAAAUACUCACACAGGUAUCUCAGGAGGUUCAGGUGAUGAUGAUGCUUUGAUCAAUGUCAGCGGUAACAAUGUUCAAGCCGACAAAACACUUUCAAAUAUUCUCAAUGGCGCUACAGUUGCUGAUAAUCUCAACAAUGCCGAUGUCGAUGUUGCUAGUGGUGGUGGCCAUGGUGGCCAUGGUGGUAACGGUGGUAACGGUGGUGGUAGUGGUAGCAGCCAUUGUGCUCGUAGCGUUGUUACCCGUCGUGGUGUAGCCGAUGUCAAAGGUAACAAUGUUCAAACCUAUAAUACCGGCUCCAACAUCGGCAAUCGUGCUCGUGUUACUAAUAAUCUCAACGGGGUUGUUGCUAAAGUUCUCGGUCGUCGUUCUCUUGCCAACGUCAGUGGAAACAAUGUUCAAACUAAGGAUACUGCCAGCAACAUCCUUAACUGCCUUACAGUCGAGGACAAUCUUAACGGCCUCAUUGCCCAUGUUCUCUAAAUUCACUCAUAUCAUUGGUGUUUCUUAACACCAUCCCAUGAUCCUAGUCUUUCUCAUUUCUAUAUAUUAUUUACACUCCAGUAGAACCUACUCAAUUAAUUCUUAUCUUUUACAAUAUUGUAAUAAAAAGAUUUUGUAUCCAGUU